UCGCUGGGAACCUCCACUGCGCGUCCUCCUCUCAAACACCUGCCCUACAAAUCAAAGGAGGCGCGCCCCCCCCCCCUCUCUAUCUCUCUCUUCCCCCUCCUCCCCACCCCGGCCAUGAAUCUCCUGCGGGGCUUCUCCGCUCACAACCGCCGCUCCCUGCCUAUCCUGAAGCAUUCCCCCAGGCCCUUCUCGGUGGAGACGGCGGAGUACGCGAAGAGGAACUACGCCAACAACAUCUCCGAGUACAACACCGUCAUCAGCUCACUCAUCGCCCAGCGAAGGAAUUACUUGCUGAGGGAUGUGUACGAUGACAUGAUGCUCGACGGCGUUCAGCCGGUGCGCGACACAUUCCACUCUCUUAUUGUGGGGACCAUGAAGGGCAGCCGGCUCCAAGAUGCCUUCUUCUUCCGCGACCAGAUGAAGGCCAUGGGUUUGCCCCCCGAUGUUAAUCUGUACAACUUCUUGAUCUCGACCUGUGGGAAAUGCAAGAACUCUGAUGCGGCAAUAAAGCUUUUGGAAGAAAUGAAGAGGCACGGGGUGAAGUUGAAAGGAGAGACUUAUAUUUGCCUCCUUAAUGCUUGUGCAGCAACUGGGCGUACAGAUCAAGCCUAUGCAAUUGUUCGUGAUAUGACUGCUGCUGGCCUUGGAUUAAACAAAUUUUGCUAUGCUGGACUUAUAACUGCAUUUAAGAACAAGUUACCAAUCACGGAGGAGACUACCACAAAAGUUAUCGAACUUGUCAAGCAAUCCAAGGGGUGGUCAUCAAUUGAAACUUCAAGUGAUAGUGGAGAGAAUGUGAUGAUGAAUGUCUCUGAGGAGGAAUUGUAUAAUAUCCCAACUGCAGAAUAUGUGCACAGACGGGCAUUUAUAAACAGACAGUUAACAGUUUAUCAUGUAGCUUUACAUGCAUGCACAGAUUUAAAGAGUAAAGAGACAAUGGAAACACUUCUUGAAAUGCUCAAAAGAGAUGGCUAUUCUUAUGAUGGCUUCAUUGUGAUGCAAGCAAUUAGGUGUUAUUUUCAUUGCGGCGAUAUGGAUUCUGGUGUUAAGAUUUUUGAGGAGUAUAUAAGUUCUAGAACCCCAGCUGCUGAGUUAUAUGUGACACUAGUUGAGGGAGCAAUGGUUGGUCAUACUCCUCAAGGGAUGCAACUUGCACAAGAUACCCUGGAAAAAAUGAACGCAAGAGGAAUUUUCUUGAAUCCCAAGAUGGGAAGCGAUCUCCUCCUGGCAGCUGCAGGUGAAAAGAUGGGUGGAUACACUACUGCCAAUUAUAUAUGGGAUCUACUGCAAAGCCGCAAGAUUAAUCCUUCUCUUCCUGCGGUAGAGGUUUACCAUGAGGGUUUAAAGCAACGGGAGAUACCAGCAGAUGAUCCACGGCUUCUGAUGGUUUCACGCACACUUGAUAAUCUCAGGCUUAGAUUUGGAGGAAGAAGAAAUGCUUAGAGUGGCCUGGUAUAUUGCAGUCUGCUUUCAGGGACUCCCUUCUCUUCCAUUUGUUUUAUUUGGGUGCAGCGCUUCUUAGCUUUACAGGUGCAGUCAUCUUCAGUUAGAUGCUACCAAAAAUAACAUUGUAAUAUGGAUGAGGUCUACUCAUACAAGAUGUCGAGAACAGAACACAAUUUUAGUGUUAAAUUACAGAGAAAAAAUUAACUUACAUACUUUUCUAUAGAGCAACAACGUGAUAGUUAUUUUUCAAUUGUAAGAAAGCUACCUUUACUAGCA